ACACACACUCCUCAUGAGCAGCAGGCUGGGCUGGGUCUAUAGUUCCGCUUCCCCUCCGCCAUAACGGAAUCAUCCUGGGGCCGCGGAGCCACCACAAAAGUUGCAUUGUAAAUAGUCAAAGUCGCGUUUUUAUUUACUCAUUUGUGUUCUUCUCUGACCCCCACAUCGCCACGCAACACAGGAGGGACUUUUAACGGAUUUACAAGCGUUUUCCGGACCGUCGAGGAUCGUCCGGGGCUGAAGUUCUGCCUAAGUUGAGCUGGUGUGGAGCCUCCGGUGAGCCCCGCUAACCUGCACCGCUUCUGUUAGCCCCAAUAGUAGAGAGAGUCUGCUUCUUAAUGCUCGCAUUUUAUAUAUCCUAACCCGUCCUCUGCCUGGUGUUUAUAACUGAAACUGUGUUAGUGAGGCAAGUCCGCGUGAACAAGCUCAAAGAAAGUCCCGUUAUAUAGCGAGACUGUACAGACUACUAUGUAGACUCUGAUGCUAACGUUAGCUCAUGGCUAGCACACUUGUUGGCAAAGUAGUUGGUGCUAACGUUAGCCUGCUAGCCGCCCCUGUUGUUACUCAUUUGAAGGGCACUUUUGAGUCCACAUAAAGACCGCUACAUGGCGAAAAACUGAAUAAAUAUCAAUUUAUUGACAUUUUAUGCGUAAACCGAACACAUUUGAGUGUUAGCUUUCGUUCAUUAUAGAUGAAGGGUACUUAAAAUGCAUUAUUUCUAGCGUUUUCUCCUAAGAUAUGACACAAAAGAGAAAGCAGGUUGCUGAAAUGUACUAUUACCAAUUCUGUUAGAAAUUAUAGGUAUAAAGAGGCACAGGUUACAGCCUAAAUAAGCAUAGAUUUGCGUUUUUGUCUAGCUAACCAGUUUCUGAUUUCAUAUAGAAUAUCUACAUUCAACUUCUUCAGGAUAUUCUGUAAAAUAAUUUUGUCACCACAGUAAUCCGUUGUUUGUGCUGUUUGUUUGCCGUGUAGUGUAGUGAUAACUCAUAGAUAAUGAGAAAGACAAUAUGACAGACUGUGUUUAUCUCCGCUCGCUGUUUUCUUCACCCCACUGUUGUGUCACAAAUACUACACUAGCUUCAACAACACCAAUUACCGUGCUUAUUCUCAGGAACGGGUCUCAUAUAUGAUAGGAUUCUUUUUACCCGAUAUAAUUAAUGUUUCAAUGGUAACCAAAGGCUCACGAGAAGAGUUUGAUCAAAUAAAAAUAAUGAUGAAAAAAUGCCUUUUGAUGACCUGCAAAUAGCAGUUAAGACUAUUAACUAGACCAGUGACUAUUUCUAUGUAGUUAUUUUUAUUUCUGAAGCCACUGGCAGAAGGGCAGGGGGUAGACGUUGGACAAAGAAAUGAACUGCAACCUCCUGAUAUGACCUAUGUUAUAUUUUCCACUGCAAAGCUCUCUGAUGAGUGAUACAGUUCAGUGUUAAAAUAAAAGAGGGAGAGGUUUUUUGUUAGACAAUAGUACUUAAACAUAACCAAAAUCAAUGUGAAUUCAAAGUUCCUUACAGGAUCUUUAAGUACUAGUUAUAUUUAUUCUGGAUGUCAGUCCAAAACGCUGAGUUUUAGUCCAGUUCUUUUCAGUUGUAGUUUUAUUAAUUGAUUGAUUGCUUAAUUGAUAAAACUGUAUGCCUGCCAGGUGAGAGACUAAACAGUUGGUAACACUAUAUAUGAACCUACCUCCUACAGUUCAUCAUAAACACAUCAUUAAAGCCUUAAAUUUAUCUCUCAGGGUUGAUAACAAUCCUUUUAAAUGAAGAUAAAUAUUCAUAACAGAGUAUAGCAGGUUUUACGAUGUGUUAUGAGUAGUGAGUGAGCAUACUGUUUUAUCAAGGUAUGGUUGAUAAUGCCAAAAGAUCCUGCUUUUAAGUUUUAAGUUAUUUUAAAGCUGUAAUAGGAAUAUAUACAUUUUUGAUAGCCUCAUACAGUGCUGUCACUUCAGUAUAAGCACUCACAGUCAUGCUUCAGUUCAGCAUGUUGUGUGUACAAAUAAGACAUUUUCUGAAUUGGGAAUCAGAAAUAAAAAAUAAAACUUUUUAAGAUUGAAUGUAUGUUGAAGAUUAGAUUUUCUGUCAAUAAGGAUGAGAAAAAUAUGUUUCCCUUUAUGCCGAUAUCAUGCAAGUUACAUCAGAAUGCCAGCAAUGACCCUGAGUAAUUGACCAACGGAUGAAUCUGCCUGUCUCUACAGAGAAAUGCUUAUGAUCACUCAUAAGGAUUGUUAUAAAGGCUUAUAUAUGUGUUUAUAAAGAUUUCCAGAUAUGCUUUUAGGAGGUGAGAUCAUAUAAAGUGGCAGGUAUUUUGGCACAUUAUGUGCAGAUGAUGACAGCUACCUGAGUCAGCUUCAAUGUUACAUGGUUGUGUAGAAGUAUUUUUAAGGGGCUAGACAACACGCCUUUAACACUACCAUUGUUAUAAUCACUGUGCAUCUCAAGAAUAAUGACAUUUGAAAAAUGUAAAAACUACUUUCAUCUAAAAGACAAACAAUGACUGUCAGUGUGUUUGUAUAACUUCUAGGUGGAAUGAAACAAGAUUAAAAACUAAAAGCAUUUUCUCCGUAAGUGCACUUUAUGUUCAUUCGUUUUGUAAACGAACAUAUGCUGGUUAUCACUAAACCUGCACUUUUUUUUUUAGUAUCACUGUUAAAAUUUCAUUUCCAUCAGGCAACUCAAACCCUCAUAGCAAUCAGUUCAAUGUUUUCUUGAUAAUAAGUUGUUAAAGUUUUCCUUCAACUUCUGUGCAACACUUUUUACCUGUGUUAAUUUUGACAGUCCCUGUAAGAAAAUCUUUGCUUUCUAAAAAAAUGUAACCCCGCUGAGUCCUCACGGUCAAAUGUAUCCUUCACUGUGAAUAUUUUAUGCAGAAAUUGUAAAAGCAAAGCUGUUUCUGUAGUUGUUCAGCUGACUCCUAACCCCUUUCACCAGUUUCAUGAAUUAAAAUUUUGUGCAUUAAAAUCUUGAAUCAUCUCACUGACACUUGUUUGUUUUGGAUAUGAUCAUCGGUUUUGAUUUCCAAUGUAGCUUGAAACAAUGGAGCUGGAAGCACUGAUGAUGUGAAAGUGUCACUGAGUUGUUAGGAGUGAAAAAUCUCUUUAAAUUGGCAGAUUAAUUUACCAUACAAGAUUUGCAAUACACAGUUCGAAGGUUUUGGUCUAAUGACUAAUUUUUUUCCUUCAGGUGUCCCUUGGUGCUUCCUCUCUGCUCUGCUGUCAUCACAUCCUCCUGCAGCGCAUGAGCACACCCGUGCUUCAUGCUGAUGUGAGCGCCACCUCGCUCCUUCUCUGUUUGUCACCCUCUCCUUCCUCGCCCACGCCCUUUUAGCCCUGUGAGCGUCGCAGCCUCCGACAAUGUGUGAUAACGGAGACCCUGAAGAUAAGCCCCCCGCCCCUCCAGUCAGGAUGAGCAGCACCAUCUUCAGCACCAGUUCAGGCAAAGACUCUCUCUCAGCCAAUCACAGCUCCAAACCUCUGCCGUCUGUGCCCGAGGAGAGGAAACCUCGCAACAAGAUCAUCUCAAUCUUCUCUGGGGCAGAAAAAGGUGAAAUAUCCAUGUUCAACUGUCAUUUUCUUAAGUUUGUGAUCAAAUCAAGUAUUGUGUGGUGUGAGUUCAUGAAGUUUUUUUCCUCUCAGGUGGUAGAAAGAAAGACAGAGACAAAGAACGACCGGAGAUCUCACCACCGUCAGACUUUGAACACACCAUACAUGUUGGCUUUGACGCAGUUACAGGGGAGUUCACCGUGAGUUUUCAGCUUUUUUUCUCCAUUUUAAACUUUGAUAAAGUCAUAUCAUACUCUGCACCAUGUUGACACCAGCACUGCGUCAUCCUCAGGGUAUGCCGGAGCAGUGGGCCCGACUUCUGCAGACCUCAAACAUCACCAAGUUAGAGCAGAAGAAGAACCCGCAGGCGGUGCUCGAUGUCCUGAAGUUCUACGACUCAACGGGCAACGGCCGUCAGAAGUACCUCAGCUUCCCCUCUUCAGGUAAGGAAAGUAGAGAUAGUAGAGCAGAGAGUAGAGAUAGAGUAGAGAUAACAAAAUUUUAGUUGUAGUCAUUUUAAUUUUGUUCACAGACUUCAUAUUUAAAACAAAACAUCAAUGACAAGAACAAUAAAUAAUGUUUAAAUAUAUGCAAAAGAUGUAUGAAACCCCGAAGGGAAACUUUCUCCUAAAAAGGAUUUUAAAAAAGACUAUUUCAUGGGAAAAAAGCAUGAACUGAGAAAACAAAUGAAAUAGAUCAUGAAAUUAGUUUGUGUUUGGUCUGAACACACCUUUUAAGGUGAAACACCCUGUUCGCGUUAGCUGUUGGGUCACUACGUUUGUUUUUGAUUUUUUUUUUUUUUUGUUUUAAAGUUAUUAAGUUUUCCUUUUUUUCUGCGGGGAAAUUUAAGUACUGCUUUUUAAAUAGCGGUGAAACUGGCUGCCAUGCGUUAAACUCUGCCUCUAUAUUUUUAUUGUUCGCAGAAAAAGACGCCUUCAGCCCCGGCCCUCAGUCUGUGAGUAUUUUGAGUGUAAACCUUCUGUUUGCUUUGUUAAUUAUUUUAUCCUUCAAAGACUGACGAACUCUUUUUGUCUCUGAACCAGCCGGCCAAAAAAGGGACCGAACCGUCUUCUCCGAACAUUAAAGACAUCGAUGAUGACGACGAUGAUGAAGUUCCUCCUCCUGUUGUGGCACCAAGACCAGAAUACACAAAGAGCGUAAGUCCUCGUAGAAUAAGUUUGUUGUAUAUUUUACAGUUUUAGCGUCUUCAAAGUUGUGCAGGGUGUAUUUAUUUGUUGUUGUGCAGGUGCGCACUCGCUCCGUCAUCGACCCCCUCCCUGCUCCGAGCACCGGCGUAGAUGGAGAUGUGGCUUCCAAGGCUGCAGACAGACAGAAGAAGAAGGGCAAGAUGUCAGAUGAAGAGAUCAUGGACAAACUGAGUAAUUAUAUAAAAAAUGUUCAAUUUAUAAAUGUAUCGUCAGUGUGUGAAAAAACUUUAAAUUCUACUUGUUUUAAAUUUGUGACAUGUGUAAUGCUCAUCUGUCCCUCAGGAACCAUCGUCAGCAUCGGAGAUCCUAAGAAGAAAUACACCAGAUAUGAGAAGAUUGGUCAGGGGUGAGUUUUACAGAAGUGACCGAUAGUAUGUUUUCAGUGUCUCUGAAUCAAGCUUGGCACUCUGAAGUCCGGCGUAAUCUGGAGUAGAUUUAGUGCAGACUUUUGCAUCAGGCAGAAACUACACAAAUGUUGUAUUGAAGAUUGAAGAGGUAAAGUUCAGUGAGGUAAACUGCUCGACUUUCUCCUUUCACAGAGCGUCGGGGACAGUUUUCACAGCCAUCGAUGUCGCCACAGGACAAGAGGUAAAGACUGACUGAAGGAUGGAUGAUGAGACUUAAAAGAGACUUGUGUUUUAGUUUUUGCCUCCUUCGUACACUUACAUUUUAUUGUAAUGAUAUAUAUUCUUUAUAUUGGGAUGGAGUCGACAUAGAUGCAUCCACUAGAGGGCACUUAACCCGUCUCACAUGAACCUUCUCUCCUUUCCAGCUGACAUUUGUUUUUUUAUCUGAUCUCUGCCCAGCUGUUCUGAUGUUUUUAUCUUUAUUUGUACCCAUGUGAGUGAACAUUUUAGUCAGAGUUAAGUUUUUGACUAACUCACACAAUAUCUCCCCUUAAAGUUCAUCAUUCCCAAAGUAUUUCUCUUCUUGUUUUCCUUGUUCAACAGAGGGAAAACAAGGUUUCAUCUAUUACACGGCUGUCAAUGUUCAUCUGCAAUCCUGCUAAAAUUUCAUUCAUUAUUAAUUACCAUUAUAAACUUAAAUGCUCAUAUUUUAUCAUUGGUUUGUAAUGUCUCUGAUUCUCAUUUUUUCCAGGUGGCCAUCAAACAGAUUAAUCUCCAAAAGCAACCGAAGAAGGAGCUGAUCAUUAACGAGAUUUUGGUGAUGAAGGAGCUGAAAAACCCAAACAUUGUCAACUUUUUAGACAGGUGAGACUGGAAGUAACAAAGACGUGGUAGAAAAGCCAGUGACAUAAGGAGAGUGAAAACAAAUUCUGUCUCUGUUGUUACCUGCAGUCCUGACCUCUCAGCAUCGCUCUGCACUGGACCAAGGCCAUUUCUUACUUAACUCUAAUUCAUGCAAAAAAUGAUGUGUUGAAUUCAAUCCUUAUACACUAUCUGUCAUCUUUUAUCCCCUGCUUAACUGCUGAUUUUGUAAAGGUUCUUGAAAAAGUUGGUUUUCCAGCAUGCAAGAUUGAAUGUUUUCUGCAUCAUGAAUCCUCAAUCAUAAAAAUUGUAGACUUUCAAGACUAGCAGCACAAAAAUCAAGCACCUUUGAGUUUGAGGCAAAAUUUCUGCUCAUGCUUAGAAGGUGUUGUGAAUACAUCCAAACACUUACAUCGAAAGCAGUUUGCCAUAAUGUUUGUACUGUGUGUGUGUUUGUGUGUUAGUUUCUUGAUGGGGGAGGAGCUCUUUGUGGUGAUGGAGUACCUGGCUGGCGGUUCACUGACUGACGUGGUCACAGAGACCUGUAUGGACGAGGCUCAGAUUGCUGCCGUCUGCAGAGAGGUAAACUGGCACACAUCAACAACCAAACCCUGUCAAAGUUUGAGUCCCACAGAAGAUUCCCUCCCAUCAUCCUCUCCUGUCUGCUCCUGUGUGUCUGCAGUGUUUACAGGCGCUGGACUUCCUGCACGCAAACCAGGUCAUUCACAGAGACAUCAAAAGUGACAACGUCUUAUUGGGGAUGGACGGCUCCGUCAAGCUCAGUGAGUCCUGAUCUUACAGAUCCUUUCUUUAGAUUGAUAGGUAUCCAGGUUCCUGUUUGGUCUGAGGAGUAUUGGCUUCAGUGUCUGGAUGAAAACCAGGAGGAACACAAUCUCUUGUAACGGUGUGAUCUGAGGAGGAUUGAUUUCUCUGUUUGAACACAUAUCUGUAUGGUAAGGUUCAUGGACAACCUGAAUAAGAUCUGUUUCUUACUCAGGAAGAUACUGCUGAAGUGAGCCAGACUGAAGCCUCUGGGUAACUUACUGUUUACAGUGAAACUGAGACUCUCAAUAAAUACAGGGCUUUGUUUAUUUUGCAAACAUCUCUGAAAGGGUAAAUUACACUUUUAAUCCAAACAUACAGUCACUUCUCAAGUUUCUACUGGGACUGUGAAGUGCACAGUAAAAGAAGUCGGGGCUGUAAGUAGUUGAUCAUCAGCUGAAAAAGUAAAAAACAUGAUCACUGUUUCUCACGGCUUUAAUCAUCCUUAGACAGUAACUCAUUUUUCUCAUCUGGCACUUUGUAAGAAGCAGCCUGUUAAUCUGCAUCCUUUCUCUCUCUCUCUUUCUCUCUGCUCCACAGCUGACUUUGGCUUCUGCGCCCAGAUCACACCUGAGCAGAGCAAACGCAGCACCAUGGUGGGCACGCCAUACUGGAUGGCUCCUGAGGUGGUGACCAGAAAGGCAUACGGGCCGAAAGUAGACAUCUGGUCUCUGGGCAUCAUGGCUAUUGAGAUGGUGGAAGGAGAACCUCCGUACCUGAAUGAGAACCCACUACGAGUGAGUGGAAAUAUUUUAGAGCAGUGGUUCUCAAGUCCAGUCCUCGAGGCCCACUGUCCUGCAUGUUUUGGAUGUUUCCCUGCUCCAACACACCUGAUUCAAAUGAUUAGCUCGUUAUUAAGCCAUUACAGAGCUUGAUAACGAGCUGAUCAUUUGAAUCAGGUGUGUUGGAGCAGGGAAACAUCCAAAACAUGCAGGACAGUGGGCCUCGAGGACUGGACUUGAGAACCACUGUUUUAGACCCUCUGAAGAAUUAUUUCUUCAUCUAACAGCAGGUUGAUACACACCGAAACACAACAUGUUCCAUAUUAAAUCAUCGGGUCUGUCAGCUUGUCACUUAGCUCACAUUAGAAAAUAGUUGAAAACUCAGAAAUAAUGAUGACUUAUGGAGUCAAUGAUCUGUUGUGUCAGACUCUGGUAGGAUUUUGAGCAGCUGCAGUGAGUCAGGAGUCUCAUGAGAGGCCGUCCUGCUCUCCACAUUCAACAACAACAUUCAGUGACUAAACAGUCGACUGCACUGAACAGCUGACUGGUUGUCAAGAAACAAACAUGCCUGUCGCAUUGUCUGCUGUUCAUGCAGCAGCUUUGAGAUACAGAAUCAGCUUUGUUUAGCAAACAGACAAGUACAAAAUCCCCUCAAAAUGUAUAUAUACCUCAAAUCAAGUCUUACCUGUUGGCAGGGGGUGUAUUAAGAAAAAAAUACAUACAAAAUUAAAGUGGGCAAAUAAAAAUCAAGCCUGCUUAUUUAUGGGGGAGAUUACAGGAAGAAAUGAAGGAAAAGGGUAAGAUACCACAGAAGAAACCUUUUGCAUACAGGGUUCUGGUUUUGGAGGUUCUUGUGGUCAACAAACUUUUCCUACAUUUUUUUUGUAAUAAAAGGAUUUAAGGAAAAAAAGAGACACCAAGAAAAAACAUAACUGAACACCCUGCUUUUUCAUUUCCACACUGCAACCUAAAAACCUUGGCUAAUCUAUCAGGGUCACAUGAAAAGGAAGUAAAGAUGAUGGUUUCAGAGAUAAAGACAUUAUGUUUCAAGAAAAAAAGAUGUUAAAAAAGAGACUGAAGCACAUCAGUAAUUUCAUUGUUUUCAACUCUGGGACUCUGAAAAGACUAAAAAAAACCUGAAUCUACUUUGAGAAGCAGUCUGAUAAACACGCUACUGCAAAAGCUGCCCUAACCUGGUUCAGGCAGCUAGCUACUCUUUCAACCUUUUUUAACUGAGUUAAACGAGAACUACAGCUUAAUAUCGACUCUACUUUGGUAAUGUUAUGACUUUAUUACAACUUAAUUCUUGAAUCAUUGAAGCUUUUAUUUUCUUACCACCUCAUUCUCUCAAUUUCUUAUUAUUUCUUGAAAUCUUAGUUUUGUUUUUCUUGAAUGUGGCCUUAAUAAUCAGUUGUACCACUAAAUGUAACCAUUAAAUCCACAUCAUAAACCAGUGUGAGGGUUAGUAUUUCUGUGAUGUUGAAUCACCUUGUUUUAUUUUUGUGAGGACUGUCUCCUCAGCUGUGACCCUGUUGAAAAUACUUAGUGAAUGUAAUAAAAAUGAGGUUUAACCUCCUAAAUGUUCUCUCUUAACCAGUUUGAUGUGAUAUUUUUCGUUCAAAGUGACUUAUUUUCUUAAAUCUGAAUUCCUCCAUGUUUUGGUAUCCUGCUUCCUCUUCUACAGGCCCUUUACCUGAUUGCCACCAAUGGCACACCUGAACUCCAGAACCCUGAAAAGCUGUCUCCGGUCUUCAGAGAUUUCCUAAACCGUUGUCUGGAGAUGGAUGUAGAGAAACGAGGUGGAGGCAAAGAGCUGCUGCAGGUUGGAAACUUUCCCUUUUUUUAAUUUAUAUGAUAUUGAUAUGAUAUUGAUAUGAACCAAGUGACAGAUCCUCCCAUUGUACCUUCACCACGGUGAAGUUACCUAGCCUAAAAUGACCCUCAGAGCCCAACACAAACCAAACAGCAUUUUUACCCUCAUCAGACUCAGCUCUGUUUAUAUGAGCUCUGGCUGUUUACAGUACUAACUCCAUCACCAUUGGCUCCUGAGUGCCCCACACCAUGACGGUAGAGCCGACACAGUAACAGGGUUAUGUAGAGGCCAUGCAAAAAGACAGAGACAAAAUACAGGUUUUAAGUAUAACAUUUCUAAUUUUGACAGUGGAGGCAGUGGGAGUCAGAUGUUGUUCUGUUUUGUUUUUUAAAGUGGGCUCUGAGUUGUGAUUGAAAUGAAUGGGGUGACUCAGUCUUGGAUGAUUGGAGGGAGGUUGAGGGCAGCCAUGGGAAAGGCUCUUGUCUUUUUAUACUAUGUAACAUUUUUCUUGUUCUGGGUUAAAUGUGCGCUUCACUCAGACAUCUCCGGUCUCUCCUCUUCUCACAGCAUCCGUUCCUAAAACUGGCAAAGCCGCUCUCCAGCCUCACGCCACUCAUCCUAGCUGCCAAGGAGGCCAUGAAGGGCAAUCGUUAGCAGAUGAGAAGUGUCGCACCCUCCCCCCUUGCCUUCCCAUGCUGUGCACUGAUGACGUGCCAACCAUUUAGAUUUUCGUACCAGACAAUAGGCUGACAGUGACUCUCCACUCUUGACGCAGCAGCCUUAUCAGCCCUGACAAACCUCACUGUGAAGAAGACCAAAAAUCUCGAGCACAACUCCACAGCUGUCCACACGAACUCUACUCUCUCAGAAGUCAGAAGACAAGUCAAAGUAAAGUGCUUAUCGUGCGAGUCCGGCGUAGUUCUUUUGUAAACGGAUCUCUGGUGACACGUCGGGGCUAGGCUUGUAUUUAACUUUGGAAUGAAGAAGAUGCCUAGUUCUGUUUAGUCUUUUUUUUUUAAUCAGCUGCCUUAAAAACAAAUGCAAAAUGUUGCCUAAUGUAUUGUUGAUUGUGUCAAUGUUUCUCUUCCCAUGAUUUUUACUACCUUUGUAAUUUCAGCUCGUCAGUGUCUUAGUUAUUUUGAUACUUGAAUUUCAUACGUGUCCCCUUCUUCAUAUGUAGUUCUACUCCUUCGAUGAACGAACACUCAUCGCUCUUUCAACACGUUUUAUGGACAUUUUCUCUUACCAGUUUUAUAGGAAACCUUUCAGUGCAUUCGUCAUCAUGAACAUGUGCUGUGAUCAUGUCAGUAUUUGACCUGACAGACCUACUGUACCAGCUCUUCUCCCUGUUUUCAGUAGUCCCCUGAUACCAGAGGUGCACCUUACAGGCAAAUUAAGAUGUUAGAUGACAGGGUUUAUACUUUCUUCUCUAUUGUUAUUAAAAAUGAGUAUUGUAUGUCAAACUCUGUCCUUUGUGUUCUUCUGGACUAAACAAAUGCGCUUUUCCCAUGUGUAUAUUAUGUACUUGAUUAGUCUGACAAAAAAAAAAGAAACAUGGCCAUAUCGUGGUUAGCUGUCGAAGGUUGGUAAAAGACAAUUUGUUGUCUGUUUUUUCUUUUUUUUUUCAGUUUGUUUUGUUUAUUUUUGUCUCUUCUGGACGACUAACAGCCUUGUCUGCACACUCAAAUAAAUGCGACUGUGCUUUUGUGA